AUGCGUCUUCAUCUUCACAUCCUUCGAAAUGCUCUUCCUCCGGUUCAGAUAAUUUUCACAACGGGCACCGGCCCUUUGAGUCACACGAGAGACAAGGACUGCACCGUUGCAGAUCUGCUGGCUGAUAUCAAUGUUAUUGUGCCGCUGGAAUCGAGCGACGGAGAAUGGGGACUUGAAGACUACGUUGUUGAAGUUGCACCGGCUUUAUCUCCCUCUACAGCCUUGGUGAGUUAUGGCGGUGGCUCAGGAAGAGACAGAGUACUACGAGGACAAACCCAUGGAGGCCCUGGCGGUUAUGAAUGUCUACACUACGCUACAAUAGAAGCCGUCUUGAGAGAAGAUGACGAAGUUACAAUACGCCCACUCAGUUCGGAUGAGUUGAGGCUGCGGCGCUUAGGUGGCAGACAUCAGAUCACUGGUGAUGGGAGGCAUUUGGUCGAUGGAGUAGCCUUUGGCAAGAGAUGGCUGAGGGCUGGGACGUCAAGGCCCGGGAUUCUGAUUCCUCCGAGAAAACGACGACGAAUGUUGCCAGCAGAAGACGAGGACGGUGAAGAAGACAUUAAACAAAUCCUUCCACGCAAUUGGGACACCCAUGAUCACAACAGCGGCACGCUUGUAAGGUUUACAGAGGAUGAUGAGGACGACGACGAUUAUGACGAUUCUAGCUACGAGGAGAGUGACGACGACCAGCUAGAGCCUGACGAGCAGCCUGACUUCGACGAGGUCGGAGAUAAGGAUCGCCUGCAGAUUGCGCUCCGAGAAGAAUUCGAUGACGCCGACGUUGAUCCCGAAUCGGCGGAAGAAGAUGAGCUUCAGGACUGGAAUCAAGACGUUGAGGAGCAUGAUGAGUCUCUUCUUACCGACAAUGACGACCUAUCUGAAGAGGUCAAACUUCUACUUAAAGAUGCCGAAUAUGUUGCUCAAGCUGGUGGUGGACGUGCUUCACGGAAAGUGCUCGAAAGAACACUCAAGAGAAAACGAGACGUUGCUGAUGAUGGAGACCGGUAUGAUGGCGAUAUAUUCGAGGGGUUUUCCACGCCUCAAAAAGGUUCUAAACAGAAGCCAAUAGGCACCGAAUGCUACACCGAUGGUGUCACAUCUUCUUCUGGAUCUGACACAUCGCCGAGUGAUUUUGAGGGUCCCGACACAGAAACAAGAUCGAGUCCAGUAUUGCCACCUGAGCCUGAUGAAGCAGACACAAGCUCUGAGUUUGAGUCCACAAUUUCGUCUUCGGACUCUGAUGACGAUAGUGGUAGUGAGGAUGUUGUCAUGGAAGAAGCGAAGAAGCGGGCGCUGGCUCUGAUGAAUGGCUUCGGGAAUGAAGCUUCGAAUAAGCCUAGAGAGAAUGCUUCAUCUACCGAGACGAAAGGGAAAGAGCAGGAAGACGCAGGUUCAUCCGAUGACGAUGAUAUGUCUAGCUCCGAGGAAGAUUCUAGCGAGGCUUCUAGUUCGGACUCGGAAGCCGACACCGACUCUGGGUCCGAAGCUUCUGAUUUGGAGUCUCAAAAGGACAGAAAUGUCGUUGCAGGAAGACCAACACUUGUGUCUUCAAAGCCAGCGCCACCUAUUGAAACGCCUCCGUUCAAGCCGAUACAGCUGUCUGAAAAGCGUCCCGCCGUUGCCCCUGGCCAAGGCUUGUCGAGAACUCAUAGGAACAAUGAGAGGAUGAAAAAGAAAAAGAAAUUGGCUCUCUUGAAGUCAAGCGGUGUGCUCCCUCCAGAAGCUGAUUUUAGGGCCUUGACUGAAUACGAGGAUGCUCAAAAUAAGCCCAGUGAGCAGGGUAGGAUUGAUGCCGCAGCCCCUGAAACACCUGCAGCGGGCAUAGAGACUGCGAUUGAAGACGUUGAGAGGACGAUGACUGUCGAAGCAGGAAGAAAUGCAGUCUCCCUCGACGAUACUGCGGAAGCUGAAGAGGUUGCAAGGGAACCUACCACAGAUACGCCGAAAUCUAUGACACAUGAGCCAGAGCUGACCGCACAAUCAGCUUCCAAAAGAGCCAGACUAGACUUGGCAAGCUCUAGAAGAAUGCUGUUUUCCUCACUCGGCUUAAGGACGCCGAAGACGAAAGAGGCCGAGCAAGCGUUGAGGGAGAAACUUUCGAAACCUGUCAGACCAGCCGCGCAAGCUACAAGUUCUACUAACGAAGCUUCUCCUAGUUCGCAGACGAGAAUCGAAGAUUGGGAUAUCUGGAGAGACAAAUUGGUAGUCUCAGCGGUAGAAUGUGAAGGAGAAGGGGGAACUCUCGACCCACCACCAUUUCCGUUUCAGCAAGGCUGGAUGAGACGUAAUGGCACCAAUAAAAAGAGAAAAAUGCGUGACCAAGAGCAGUAUUAUCAAGCCACGAAUGAUCUAUCGCAAGACUACGAUAAGGGCGCAAAGAAUUCUGAUGCUUCUGCGUUGAAUUAUGAUGACGACCAGAACCAGACAUCAAUCGAACCAUCGCAUGAGUCGGAAACACCAGACCAAACUUCUGCUAAGGCGAUCCCCGAUGUCGAGAAUUUACCGACUCUGCAGAAGGAGGACGCCGUUCCUGGUGCAACCAUUGCGUACAAAGAAUUGCACGUGGAUGCGUCAACAAACUGGCAACCCGAGAUUUCCUCAUACCGUGUUGGGGAGAUUUCCCACGCUGAUCCUGACGGAACUAUUCGCCUGCAGCUAGACCCGAGCUCUCAGAAGAUCGCUUCAAGAACAGCAGUCAAUGAUCAAGGGCAAACGACACAUGGGUUCGAAAUCACAGAUGACGAGCCCGAGGAGGCAGAUGAUGGCAGUCGUGAGAUCCAAUUUUCAGAUUUGAUAUCUCCCAAGCUCGUCAAGGCUUCCUCGAUAGAAGUUCCUGAGAGCAGUCAUAGGAAACGAGUUGGCCUUCAUGGUGGGGACUCGACUGAUGAGUGUUUUGCAGUGGUGCCAGAAUCCGCCGAGCGUGAAGUCGAUAACCAAGAAAGUGAGGCGCCUCAUAUCACUGUUGAGAUUGAUACUCCUCGUCGACAAGAAAUUACUGCAAUGAUACGGGAUGCCGGAUUUGACUCUGCCUUAGAUGAGCAGCUGCUACACCCCGUGUCGAACAUUGAGCGGCAGCUUCGAAGGUCUCAAAGCCCUGCCCGCGAAUCCAGCAGGGUCCAUGGUGAAGAUUUUCAUGACCUGCACAGCAGAUCACCACGCCUGGACUUGGGCCCAUCCGGGAACCCUCGGUCUUCUCUUCUUGGAGGCGAAUCCUCUCCCCCUCUCACAGACAAUGCCAACCCUAGUUCGGAGAUAGGUGACGAGCCCAUAUCUUCGUCACCAUUCAUCCACACGCAAGAGACGGUGGAAUACCCGCAUAUAUCCCAGAUGAAUAUUAGCUCUUCUGGAAGGGCACCAAAAAACGACAGCAGCUCACACCAAGACGCCCAGAAGCUUUCCCCUGCUCCGGCACUAGAGUUGUCUUUUGAUAGCUUCGAAAGCAACAGAGGUGAAAGCGCUGUCAGUGCUGCUGUCACUGCCAGUGAGGAGGCUUAUGUCGAUGACGACUAUGAGCCGUCAGUUCACGUGGAGGAGCCCGUUGCCAACGGCCACGACGCCGUAGACUCCGAUACCAGUGCUGAGAAGUCAGGCUCAUCCACAAGGUCUUCUGCUCCCAAUUCAGAAGUACCCCAGUCUCAGUCGCAAUCUCAAUCUCAGUCCCAACCACAGCAAGAAUCUUUUGAGCGUCAGGAUUCUUUUUUAGGCGGAACUGGCUACGAUGGACACGAUUCAUCGUACCAUGACGACAGCGAUGCCUACAGCAGUGACGACCUUCCUUCCUUGAGCGAAAUCACCUCGAGUCAACUUUCUCGGCGCGGUCCUCCUGCUAAGACUACGCGUUCGAGCAUCAAGAAAUUCUCGCGCGUACAGACGAGAACAUCUCUUCGCAAUGCAACCACGAACGGAAGCCCGAAGAACAAGUCACCGACACCGCUGAGUAGUCCGGCACCUGACCUGCCUCCUUCCAGUCAGGCUGAGUUCAAGCUUUCACAAAGUCAGGAGCCGAGGAUGUCGCAGAUCCCCAGUGGAACACCGAUCGUCGACCUUACUGUGUCAAGCGGGGUGUCUAGCCCGGCACAAUCUCAAGGUCAAGGUGAUAAUGAUGAUCACCGUGACGAUCACGAGGAGCAUGUGAAGAGCAAGAGUGAAGAGUCUGUGAACGGACAUCGAUACGCAAAUGGCCAGUCGCAGGGAGUAAGCAAGACGAGCAGAAAACCGAGUGUCAGCGGUGUUGGAACGAGGAGACUGCUUACGACCAAGAAGAGAAAUUACUUUUAG